CUCCAACUUGUCGCCUACGAGCCGAAUCCAUUUCACUUUCAACCUCUUGGAAAUUCCUCCCAACAACCAAACGCACUGCAAAUAAUCCACCACUCGAUGGAAUGCUCAUCUGCCUAAAGCCUACCAGAUUCUCUUCUGACUUUUUGUCGCCGUGACCUCUCGCCCCCCUUCUACUACUGGGUGAAAGUGCCCGCUCUCGUCUCUCCCUCCUCCUCCUCCUCCGCCGCCGCCAGCCCACUGGUCGCACGACACACUUGCGCCGCUCUCCCCCCUCCUUCGAAAUUCGAAUUUCAGCCUCACCACAAUAAUGGGUCAACAACAAUCUUCAGAAAAGAGCUCGGGUCCAAGGUCAGGGACACCGCAAGCCGAGAGAGAUCGCAGGGUGAACCGGAGAGUCUCCAUCCAAGCUCUGUCGCAAGGCCGCUCGACACCCGUUGACCCCUCGGCUACCAAAGACACCGCUCUUGCGCAGACCACCACGACACCGCACCUCGAAAAGCCGGCCUUGCAACAGUACCUUCAAGCCUCUUCCUCCUCUUCUUCCUCGCCCGAAGCCAGCGCCAGAGGAGCCAAGUUGGUGGAAAGAUCAGGAUCUCGUGCGUCGCGCGACAACAGGCACAAUGAAUCAUUAUUAGAACACCGACCACGGCAACAGCGAGCGUCAGUGCCUGUCCCCCAGGCUUCAGGUCCCGUGGAUGUACCCGUGUCCAGGAGCAAACAGGACUCGUCGGCCGAAGAGCGAUUCGAGGACCACCACACUUCAGCAUACCAGGACCGGCGAUAUACUCCCGUUGCUCAGCUUCGCCCGCCACGUCUUCCGCUCCCCAUUGCUGAUGUUCCAAUUCCCGAAUCACCGACUCUGGCACCCGUCGACAAGGGUAACGCAGAUGUUCCCAUCUUUGAGACCGACGAGCCGUUGGCGGGCAUUGAGUCCCAGCUAAGGAGGAAGAGUUCAAUGAUUAGCACUACGACCGAGUCCGAGGAGGAGGUUGGCGAAGAGCUCCAACCGUAUGCGGUUGAGCCGGCCAAUGCCCAGACUGUACCUACCGUCAUCGAAUGGAAUCAUGGCGGUCAACGGGUGUACGUGACGGGUACUUUUGCCAAUUGGGAAAGAAAAUACCGGCUUCAUCCUAGGAAAAAUGGUACUGGAAUGUUCACAACAAUCAGCUUGCCCUCAGGCACCCACCACCUCAAAUUUGUCGUGGACGGUGAGAUGGUCACCAGCCCAGACCUGCCCACGGCCGUCGACUUCAACAACUUUCUGGUCAACUAUAUCGAAAUUGCGACCGAAGAUCUCGCCAAACAACGGCGGGAGAGUGCGCAACAAGGUAACCGGUCUUCGACUCUUGCUCCAGAAGAACACGAGCAAAGCGCAUCCGGUGCACAAACCCCAGAAGCCACUGACAUGGAAGAACUUCUCGCGGAAGAGAUACCUCCUGGAGACUAUCGCCAGCUGGUUCCUCAAUGCUUGGUGGAUGUUGAUCUGGCCGAAGACACCGACGAUUACAAUAAUGCAGUCAAACUGAUCCAAGAGGCACAGCAGCCGCCGGCCUUGCCGCUUUUCCUGAAUCGAUCCAUUCUCAACGGCGUUCUGCCAGUCAAGGACGAUAACAGCGUCUUGACCUUGCCGAACCACACAGUUUUGAAUCAUCUCAUGACCAGUAGUGUCAAAAAUGGGGUAUUGGCCACGAGUGUGACAACCCGGUAUAGGAAAAAGUAUGUGACCACGAUAUCAUUCAAGCCCGUCCCUCGAUUUAAGACGCAGUUUCAAUGAAAGGCAGUCCGGAAUUCAAUGACUUGAUAGAGCUUCGUCGGCGAUUUUCUCCUCUCAAAACUUGCACGGCUGUUGCAUUGGUCCCUUGGUCUGUUUCGGGCUUGGCUUAACGAUAUCAUGAUGGUACGGGCUUUGAUGAUGGCGUAUUCGAAACCAAGGUGGAGCCUGGGAUUUCCUCGAGCGCCGUGUAUUUGACUUGUCGCCCUGCGCCCGCAGAUAAUGCGAGUAUGAAAUGAUGCAUGGAAUUCAUUUUCAAA